AUGCGGUCGUCUAUUCUAUUUGUUUGUCUGAUUGUUCUGGCUCUUCUCGGCCUUGGCAUUACGCAAUCAGCCGGCCAAGCCCCCGUCAAACGGGACAACCCGAAGAAAUACGGAGUCUACCACCCGAAGCGACUAUUUGCUGAAAAAACGGGGUCGGACCUGCCAAAACUUCAACGGGGUCCCGUCGCGGAUAUUACAGAGGCAAAUACAGAUCCUGCUUCCCCCUAUCCCGCUGUUCCAACAUGGGCCAUCGUCUUCAUUGCCAUCCAAGGUUUUCUGUUCGGCAUCUUUUCUGUGUACUUCAUCUGUGUCUCGAAGCUCGUCUGGAAGGCGCCGUAUAGCUGCUUGAAAACUCCCAAGAAGUUCGAAAGGACGCCCCAAUACCUGCCCGCCUUCUACGACUUCACAAAGGCAAAC